GGGGGAAGCAAUUGGCAAAGCUUUUACUCGCUUUGUUGUUGUGGUGAAUGGUGUUAGGAAAUUUUGUCAAAAAUUGGAUAUUAUAUUUAUUCCGUCACUUGUGUGUUUUUAAUUGUUUGUUAUUGCUUAUUUGUAUUUAUUUUGUCUCAAUAAUCUUCUGCAUGGUACAUAUUCAAUUGAGAAAUGCUGAUAAACUGAUUAUGUCUUUCUGAGCUGGCUUUUGUUCUGCAAAUCAGUUUCACAAACAAAGUUUAUGGUUUUCCUGGUUCAGUGCAGAUGCAGUUUAAUCAGCUAAUAAUUACAAUUCUACAAAAGAAAUGACUGUUACUAGCACACCAACUUCAGCAGAUGCUUGUUUAAGCAUUGUCCACAGUCUUAUGUGCCAUAGACAAGGAGGUGAAUCAGAAGGAUUUGCUAAACGAGCUAUAGAAAGUUUAGUUAAAAAACUGAAGGAAAAAAGAGAUGAACUUGACAGUUUGAUUACAGCUAUCACCACAAAUGGUUCACAUCAUAGUAAAUGUGUCACAAUUCAGAGAACAUUAGAUGGGCGACUUCAGGUUGCUGGAAGGAAAGGUUUCCCUCAUGUGAUAUAUGCCAGGAUAUGGCGAUGGCCAGACCUUCACAAGAAUGAAUUGAAACAUGUUAAAUAUUGCCAGUACGCUUUUGAUCUCAAGUGUGAUUCAGUCUGUGUUAACCCUUACCACUACGAGAGAGUUGUAUCGCCUGGUAUAGAUUUAUCAGGUUUGAGCCUACAGUCAGGACCUAGUCGAGCUGUGAAAGACGAGUAUAGUGUUGUGUCUGGAACCAUCGAAGUUGAUGAUCAAGCUACAGUUCAGCAUCAUGCUCCGCAGCAGCCUAUUCAGUUCCGUCCACAGCCUAUGCAUGGAUCAGUUUGUGUUGGUGGUGAAGGAGGAAGUUAUCUGAGCAAUAAGCUGGAAGGAAGGCAACCACCAAGAGGAAUGGUAGGGCCAUCAAGGUCUCCAUGGAGCCAACAGGCUUCACCACCACCAAAUUUACAUAGAAACAAUAAUUCAGGAGGUGGUAGCACUUUGGUGACGAGCACUGCUCCUGCUCUCGUAUCUCCCACCGAACCUCCGACGGCCCAGUCAGCAUUUUAUUCACCUAUGUCGCAAUCCUCUAUAGAUACUCCUGGAAGUCCAAUCGUGAAUGAUAGUGCAAAUGUACAAAGCACAAAUUCUAAAAGCCCAGCACCGACACAAAGUGAAGGUUAUACGAAUCCUACUCAGCAACAAACGUGGAGCGGUUACACUCUUACUUAUACUCAAAGUAUGCAACCACCACCACAUCAACCUCUUCAAAAUACAUACUGGAAUCAUGGAGUAGGAUCUGAAAUGGCAAUCGGAGGUUUACUUUCAAGUCAACCAGCUCCCGAGCAUUGGUGUUCCAUAGCUUACUUUGAACUUGAUACACAGGUAGGGGAGACUUUCAAAGUUUCCUCUACUUCACCUUGUGUUACUGUUGACGGCUAUGUUGAUCCUGAAGGAGCAAAUAGGUUUUGCCUUGGAGCACUUAGUAAUGUGCAUCGUACAGAGCAGAGUGAACGGACUAGGUUGCACAUCGGUAAAGGUGUUCAACUCGAUUUGAGGGGAGAAGGAGACGUGUGGCUGAGGUGUCUCUCUGAUCAUUCUGUCUUUGUUCAGUCCUACUACCUUGAUCGGGAGGCAGGAAGAUCACCUGGGGAUGCUGUUCACAAAAUUUACCCAUCUGCUUAUAUCAAAGUUUUUGAUUUGAGGCAGUGUCAUACACAAAUGCAACACCAAGCAGCUACUGCACAAGCGGCUGCAGCAGCUCAAGCAGCGGCAGUUGCUGGCCACAUUCCAGGACCACAUAGUGUCGGUGGAAUUGCUCCUGCAAUAAGUUUAAGCUCUGCUGCUUGCAUUGGAGUUGAUGACUUGAGAAGGCUGUGCAUUUUACGUUUAAGUUUCAUUAAAGGAUGGGGCCCUGAUUACCCCCGAAGCUCAAUAAAAGCUACUCCAUGCUGGAUUGAAGUUCAUUUGCACCGAGCACUACAAUUAUUGGAUGAAGUUCUUCAUACUAUGCCCAUUGACGGACCUCGAGGAAUAGAGUAAAAUAGAAAAUUGAAAUGAUAAUUCCUGGAUUUGACUUUAAAUACAUUUAUAACAUCGAGUAUUAUAUUCAAGAAUUGGAAAUACUCUUGAAGGCCUUCCUUAACCUUGACAGACCAUACAAGGUUUCUACUUGAUGAUUAUUUCUACUUCCUCAUUAUUGAGGUAUUCAAGAAUAGGAGGAAUCUUACCUUUAGAUAUCAGGAUGCUAAAGAAUACAAGUCAGCUGCAUUUUUAAUGGCAGGUCUUGCAUCCAUAUGAAAAAGGCUAUAGAAUUAGAUAAGUUUAUUGUAAAUAAGUCAAGCAGUUAACAAUUGUAUCGAUUUUAUCUAUAUAUGAUAGUUGAAAAAAAAAAAAAUUGAAGGAAGAAAAACUAUUAGAUUCCUUUCAUUAAAUCAUGAACAUUUAAUUUAAAAUUUCUUAUCAAGUAUAAGAAUAUAGAAUUGAAUCAUGGUUAAUUAAACUUCUUGAUUUGAAUUACUGCCUUGACGUAUGUUUAAUUUGGAUACUUGAUUUAUGAAAUAUAUCUCAUUGAGCGAA